AUGGCGGCAGCAGUAAGGAAUCCAGGAAAAGCCUACACAGAGUUCCAGGAACAGGACCUCAUUGGGUCUCAUUCCGAGAAGAGUGUCAACCAGUUCGACAUCUAUUGUCCUCAGGAGAGCUGUCGCUGCAAAAUCCUCCUCGCUUCCGCGGCAACUUUGGUCCAAAGGGAAAAGAGCAAGUUGAUGCUGCCAAAAUUACCCCUGGCUGGUGCGACCAUCUCCACUAUUGACCAAGCCCUGGCUUCUGAAAAGAAGGAAGGUGCUGUAGAAGAGACUACGAAGACCAACGAGGAGAACACGGAGAAAAGCGAAUCAUCAGCAUCGGUAACAGCAACAGCAAGUUCAGGCGACGAACUUCAGUCUUUCUGGAGAGUCACAGAUAUGAUGGCGUUCGAGAAUAUUGGAUUCAGCAAGAUGUUGCCUAAUGGCACUCAGUUCCUCUCCUGCGCAGACUGUGACACCGGUCCAUUGGGAUACCACGAAUCCAAGGCACCAAAGGCUGAGAAAGAGUACUUGGUCGCCCUUAACAGGGUCCGUUACAAUGACGGUUCGUAA